AUGUCUGCGUCGCUGUCAAGUAUUUGUUUUUACCACCACGAAGUCAGUACUACAUCUUUACAUAAGUAUCCAUUUCAUUAUGCGAGUUCUGCUGAGUUCGCCACUUACGCUAUUACACCGUUUUUAGUUUUUUCGAUUACGCGCGACCACGCACCACAGUAUCUCUUUCUUACCAAGCAGUUUAGUAGAGCCUCAGGGCUUCGGCUAACGCAGUCUAAGAAGUACUCUCUCUCUAGUUCACUAGCAUUCCCCAUGAGUCGCACUGCUCCAGCUUUUGCGAAGAUCUUCCUUUUGAUCAAGUCCGUAUCGAAGUCACUUUUUGGGCAAAGCGGGGCAGCCUUCGACUCCGCUUCGCGAACAUGUUCCCAUUUGUAUCUAAACGCUAUACGCUGUCGUGAGCUAUGUUCGUGGAAGCGGGAUCGAAUGAACGUGGAGGGCUGCCUCGAAUCUGCCUCAAGAAACGCGCUCGCUACAUUUUCUUGCUACAACAUAUGA